AUGCCCGACCACCGCACAUCAAUGGGCAGAACCAGGCGGCAAGACACCCCACAAGCCUCCAGGACCAAGCAGCAACCUCAAAAAACGGGUCCGAUGGACGGAUUUGUCGGCACCCCGGUAAGCACGCUGCACGAGCCCCACACUCCCAACAUGGCGCCGACCUCACCUGCGUCCACAUGCUCCGGGGAGCAAGUCACUCUGGCAGAUAUAGGGGCAGAACUGAGGCGCAUGACAGCCCUGAUGGUCACAAAAGAGGACCUCACCCGAGCUUCAGACACUCUGCAUGCUGCACUGAAAGCUGAAGUAGCCGGCAUUAAAUCAGAUAUAGCGCGCCAGGACACGCGUAUCACCGCCAUAGAACAGCGCGCUGAAACUGCGGAGUCGCAAUGGCAAGCUACAGACACAGCGAUACGCAGGCAAGGUGACUUGAUCUUGGCAAUGCGACGGCACCUGGAGGACCUGGACAACAGGGGCCGCCGCAAUAACAUCCGGGUGCGCGGUGUGCCGGAGGCGGAUGGCGCAGGGGAAAACAUUGCUGAAUCCCUCACCCAGCUCUUCCGCAUUAUCCUCCGUGAGGAGGCACCGGACCACUUCCGCUUCGAUAGGGCCCACAGAGCCCUCAGACCGCGCACGGCGGAUGGCACCCCGCGAGAUAUAGUGUGCUGCAUCCACUCCUUCACGUUGAAAGAACAAAUAAUGUUGAAGGCCCGCUCCCGCGCCCACUGGACGUACAGAGGCGCAGAAGUCACCCUCUACAAUGAUUUAUCUCCACUCACCCUCGACGCGAGGCGCGCCCUGAGACCGGUGACCUCGGCACUGCGAGACAGAAACAUCCCGUAUAGAUGGGGAUAUCCCUUCAGCAUCAACGUGCGCCGCCACAAUGAAUUAAUCUCGGCCCGGUGCCCAGAAGACAUACCUGCCUUCCUACAAAAAUUGGAAAUUCCUAACAUCACGGUACAGAAUUGGAUCCUUCACCCACUGGAGCUCCGACCACAGCCGCAGAGACCGCCACGCCGCAGAGGCAGAGACCCACAAGACCACGGAUGGAGGCCAGACCCGGCCCAACCCGAAGAGUAG